UUUUUUCCUUAGUUGACUGCUUCGCUAUUGGUAAGCCCGAUUUAACUACCCCAAACUUAGCUUUAACUCUCCGUCUAUAAAAAUUUUGUCGCAGAAGGAUUUAGCCAUAUUUGUCAGCCAAUGUCACAAAUCACAUUACAAAUCCCAACCCACAUGCUUAGUUGACUCUCUCUCUCUCUAUUCCUUCAUACAUGCAUACAUAUGAUAUCUAUCAUUUAGAUGAGCAUUUAUAAGUUGAGGAUAUAAAUUUGCAGUUUGAGUAAUAUAUAGGUUGGGUGAGAGAAAAAUGAAGAGCCUGAAAAGGGGUAAUAAGAUGAUUCUGGUUCCAUAUCCAGCACAAGGACAUGUGACUCCCAUGCUUAAGUUAGCUUCAGCCUUGCUUAACCAUGGAUUUGAGCCAGUGGUGGUGACUCCAGAGUUUAUUCACAGUCGUAUUGCGAACCAGGUCAAGGAGAUUUCAUGCAUUUCCAUACCAGACGGUUUGGAAGAAGACACGGUCCGUGAUUUCUUCGCCAUUGAGAUGGCUAUGGAGAACAACAUGCCACUGCAUUUAGAGCGCGUCGUUCGUGAGUUUCUUGGUGAUGUUGAUGGAAGAGUAUGUAUGGUUGUGGAUGUAUUGGCGUCAUGGGCCAUCGACGUCGCCGAUAAAUGUGGGGUCCAAGUUGCUGGAUUCUGGCCUGCCAUGCUCGCUACCUAUCGACUCAUUGCUGCAAUACCUGUCAUGAUUCGCACUGGCAUUAUUUCUCAAACAGGUAAUCCAAAAGAGCAAGGAGCUAUAUUCCUACCAGGUCAACCUGUUCUAAGCACAGAAGAUCUACCAUGGUUGAUUGGCACUAUUACUGAAAGAAGCUCAAGGUUCAAAUUUUGGAUCAGGACCUUAAAUAGAUUGAGAACGCUUCGUUGGCUCCUUGUGAAUUCCAUUCCAGAUGAAUUACAUGAUAACAAUCAACAGAAUGAUCAGUUGAUCAUCACUGACGGUUCUCAAGAUUAUACGCGUGUUUUUCCAGUUGGACCAUUAAUGGAGGAUAACAAACUUGCAUUGAGUAAGAAUGCUAGCUUUUGGGCAGAAGAUAUGAGCUGCUUAGAUUGGCUAGACAUGCAAAGUCCUGGAUCAGUUGUGUACGUCUCGUUUGGGAGCUGGGUUAGCCCUAUUGGGGAGAGGAAGGUGAAGAAUUUAGCAUUGGCACUCGAGGCAUCAAGGCGACCAUUCCUUUGGGUACUAGGCUCUGCAUGCUGUGAAGGGUUACCGUUAGGGUUUUUGGAUCGAGUUUGGAGACAAGGAAAAGUGGUUUCAUGGGCUCCUCAGAUUCGGGUGUUGCAGCAUAAGGCCGUGGGAUGUUAUCUCACUCACUGUGGGUGGAAUUCCACGAUGGAGGCCAUACAAUGCAAGAAGCGCCUUGUGUGUUAUCCAGUUGCAGGUGACCAGUUCAUUAAUUGUGCCUAUAUUGUUAAGGUAUGGCGAAUUGGGGCAAGGAUCAGUGAGUUUGGACAGAAAGAGGUGGAAGAAAGUUUGAAGAGGGUUGUGGAGGACAAUGAAAUGAAACACACACUAAUGAGACUAAACGAGAGGCUCGUGGGAAAGGAGGCUAGGUCAAGAGCACUGGCCAAUCUCGCAGCCUUCGCUAAUGAUAUCAAGAAAUCAUUCCAGAUGUGACUUCCAUUAAAUUAAAGAUGUUCAUGCAUAUCAGGAUCUUAAUUAAUUAGCAUUAAGUUUCCUUUUUAUUUGUACUAGGAAUUCGAACAAAUUAAGUACUUUAGUUUUAUAAAAGCAUUUACCUUCUGUUUUUUCCCUUCAA